AUGAAGAAGGAGAUGGAGAAGAAGAGAGCAGAGGCGCUAGUGAGAAGAAGGAAGAUAGAGGAGGAGAAGAAGAUGAGAGAGGAGGAGGACAAGAAAGAAAUAGAGAGGAAGGAAUCGGAAAAGAGGGAGAGGAAAAGGAGGGAUAUGGAGAGAAGACGGGAGGACGAAAAGGGGUGGGAGAACAGGAAAGAGGAGGAGAGGGAAGGGGAGGAGAGGAUGGAAAUGGGGGAGGCCUCGCAGGUGUUCGGGAAGAGGAAAAUAAUGGACAGAAACAUGGGAGGGAACAAGGACAUUUAUAUAGUAUGCGAGGACUUGAGGAAUGGGCCCAAGAUCAUAAAAAAGGAUAUAGGGGAUAGGGAAUUGAGUAGGACUAGGGAGGGGAAGAGGGAGGAGGAGGGGAGUGUGGACAGAAAGAGCGAGAGGGUAAAGGAGGCGGAAAGGAGAAAGAUAGAGGCGGAGGAGGAGGAGGCGCGGGAGGACGCACUGACCAAGAUGCGGUCCAUUACCCGGGACCUUAUGAGCAUCCUGUUGACGGAUGCCAAUAAGGUGACAAAUUGGGUGGUGGAUCGCGUAAUGGGACAGUGCGUGAAGUAUGAGGAAUUGAUACAGGGGCUGAUAGUCGAGAAAGCGAAGGUGGAAGGGGAGAUGAGGGGGUAUGAGAAAAGUGGGAGGGAGCUAGUGGAAAUGGUGGGGCAUGCAUGGGGGGGGGUGAAGGAGGCGCUGGAAGGCGUCGAAAGGAGGGGUACGGGAGCUGCAAGGAGGGGAGAAGUGGUAGAGGAAUAG